AUGACGCCGGCGGCCAUGGCUUCCCGCCAGCCUCGUGCCGCCAUCGGCGUGCGCCAGAGCCCCGCGGCGCGCCCCGGCGCGCGCGCCGCACCGACCAGGGCUCAGCUCCUCCCAGCCGCGCCGGCGCCCCUGCCACGCGGCCUCCGCAGCCACGUCGCCCGCGGACACGCUGCCCCAGGGCGCCGGGGCGUGGCGGCGCGGGCGAAGAAGGAGCGGGGCGUCUCCACGGGGUCCAAGGAGGGCAUGGAGCCCUGGCUGAUCGUCGACGGCGAGCCGAUCGGGCAGCAGACGUGGUACAACCGUCUGUGGUGGGACUUUGGCAUCUGGUUCCAAAACCACUGGCUCCUGCAGUACACGGAAGGGCUGGACGAGCUCAAGUCCUCGGACGGGAAGAACCUCUACCUCAUCGCGGCGAACCACCAGUCGCACCUCGACACCCCCACGUUGUACCUCGCCCUGCGCUCCAAGGGCAUCCGCAAGUUCUACGCCCUGGGCGCGCGCGACUACUUCUUCAAGAAUCCCUUCAAGCGCUGGUUCGUCACCCGCUGGAUGAACGUCAUCCCCAUUUCGCGCAAGGGCUUCUCGCAGCGCGACAUUGACAACCUGCUCGCGCUCAAGGAGAUCUCCACGCCGGAGUCCCCCUCCGCGGUCAUCAUGUUCCCCGAGGGCACGCGGUCGACCUCGGGCGAGCUCGGCCGCUUCAAGACCGGCGUCGGGUACCUCGCCGCCAAGCUCAACGUUCCCGUAGUACCUACGUACGCUCACGGGACCAUCGAGGCGCUCUCGAAGACGCGGAUCGUGCCGAUCCGCGCGCCGAUGCGCGUGCGCUUCGGCGACAUGAUGGCGCCGCCGAAGGACGAGGAGGAGAUCCUGCGGGCGAUGCAGGCGGGCAAGGGGCUGGGCGGCGGCGCGGUGGUGGGCGCGUCGGCGGUGACGGACGCGGCGGGCGCGUCGGGCGACUGGGCGAGCGACGCGGACUCGGACACGGAGAGCGACGCGGCCACGUCGGCGCGCCGCGCGGCGAGCAAGGAGUUCAAGGCGGGACUGAAGGAGUUUGCUGCGAAGCUGCGGGAGCGAGUGGCGGAGCUGGGGGAGGCGGUGCGGGCGGAGGAGGAGGCGCUGUCCGGCGGGCCGGAGGUGUGGCGGGCGGACGUGGCGCGGCACAUGCCGCUGCUGCAGAUCAUGGGGCGCGAGGGCUGGGCGGCGUGGGUGGCGCAGCGGAUCGUGCUGAACCGGCGCACGAACGGGACGACGCUGCCGGCGGUGUCGAUGCCGUUCGUGGUGGUGUUCACGUCGGUGUCGUUCGCGCUGCGGCUCACGGGGGACUUUUUCCGCCUGAUUGGGGGGAGUGCCAAGAAAGACCUCCCGCCCAACGCGCCCUGA